CGCCAAGUUCGCGGACGUAGAAUCAGCCGCGCCCAGUCUCUGCCCCUCUCGAGAUUCAAGAAAGAAAGAAAGAAGAAGGUGAACAUUGUUUAAUCACAUUGCCUCAGCCCUGGCUCACAGGCAACUGACAUUAGUAUCCGCGACCUUGAUCUACCCUACCCCCAGGAACAACUUUCUCAGCAUCACCAUCACCAUGAUGUACCAACGACUUCCGGUGGCUGCCUUGGCCGGCUUCGCAGCGAUGUUCGUUGCUGUUGAGGCUCAAGACUUCUCCUCCGGCAAUCUCGUUGUGACGCCACCGACGAGUGUAGUGACGUGCGAGCCGGCGACAGUCAGCUGGGAAUGGACCGGCUCCACCGUCGAAGAGGUCGGUCAAAAGGUUGCCAUUGCCGUCGAAAGCGUCGGCGACACCAAUUCCCUCGAUCGUCGGUCGCUCGUCAUUUCCUCGGCCAGCCGUCUCACAAAGCAGAGAAGGGCCAAGAGGAGCGAGAGAGACGCGGUCAAGCGAGGCACACCAGCCAAUCUCGCCGGUGCUGCCUCGAUCCCCAUGACUGAUGGUUCGUGGGUUUGGAAUUCGGUGGGUCUCGAACCCGGUAGCUAUCGCUUCGUCGUCAACGCCCCUGGAAUGAGCAUCACGAGCUACAGCUCCGUCUUCAACGUCCAGCAGGGCCCCGACACCAGCUGCAUUUACGCUGGUGCCGCGUCCUCGACUGCUUCCAGCACACCAGUCACAACGUCGAGCGCUCCUGCGAUGACCUCGGCUUCUUCUAACUCCUCUGCCGCUUCCUCUUCGGCGGUGCACAACACCGCUUCGACGGCCUCCAACGCCGCGACUGGGGCAGCAGCAACCAGUUCGCUGCAGAACGCGGCCUCCGAAUCGUCGCAUUCCGGUGGCCUGUCCGGCGGCAAGAUUGCGGCGGCUGUCAUCUUGCCCUUGCUGGCUGUCAUUGGGUUGCUCUGCUUCUUCUGCUUCCGCAAGCGCAAGGGAACCAACGACGGUGCCCAAGACGGUGCUCCUUCCAAGGACGACGGCAACUUUACCGAAAAGGUGCUGGCUGCCGUUGGCAGUCGUGGCAAGACGUCGAAGCACAAGAGAGACAUCAGUGCUCCCAUGUAUCCCGUUCAUUCUGCCGGCCUGGCCAUGCACGAGCAUGCUGUGGCCAACGAGAUGCGCCGUACGACCGACGACGACCCGAUGGCGCCAAACCCUGAGCACUGGGUCGCCUUCAACGGGUCCGAAGACGCUCAGGCCGUCAGCCCUCGUAACGUCGACGACAUUGUCAACCGUGAAAAUGCCAGGCGAAGCCAAGAUGACGGUGCCGAUGAUGAGAACGUUGCUGGCCUGGGCCUCUACAAGCAGGGCAAGAACCGGCCGUACGAUGACAACAUCUUCCUGCCGCACUCUCACCUCUCGACGAUCAACGAGGCGUCAAGCUCCAAUCCGAGCCGGGUGCCGUCCACGGAGAUCGUCGUCGUCACCAGCAAACCCUCUUCCGAGCUGGAGAGGCAACAAACGGCCAUGGCCGAUGAUCGGCGGCCGGUAGACCUCGCGCGAUCAGCAUCGGCAGGAAGCACAUUCAGCAUUCGUCGCAAGCCGGCGCCCGCCAUCACGAAGAGCAUGGUGGGCGAGUCGCAGGACUCGGCCCGGCGAAGCAGCCAAGGCUCCACCUCUUCGCGUAUCCUGCUGCCUUCGCCUGAUCAGAUUGGCGAUGAGGAGCAAGGCCAGGAGACGAUCACUGACCGGACAGACCGGGCAGGACACCCUCAGACACCCGGCAGCAGCAUCAGCAGCGCUCACGGGCCCUUUUCCGACGCAAAUGAAGUUGUCACCGUCCCUGGUGCUGAGCCAAUCGUCAUCUCACGGUGGUCCGCCUCCAACGUCUCGGACGCAGAGCAGGCCGAGACGUUGACGAGUCCAAGACCAGCCUUUCUGGCCGACGGAGAGGCGGGUCGGUCGUCGAGAACGAGCGAGCAAUUUCCUGCCAGCGUCCACUCCACCGACGCACCCUCGGCCUGGAUCCCUGCAGCGCGCCCCUCGAACACCUCUGUGACGGCAGACGGUCUCCAUCGAAGAAACGAUUCAGCGGACCGAAACACCCCUGCUGCGCUCACCGACGUCUCCUUGCCGCCGACGGCCACCGAAGAAGAGAGGAACCGCGCCUUCAAGCUCAGUGUCAGCCUCGACGAGAAAGAUCGGGGCUUCCGAAUCAGCUUCUGACGGUGCAAACCACCCUCUUCCUUUUUCUUUCAUUCCGCCGAGUCUGCUGGCUCAGUC